UCUUGCUCGCUCUCUACUACUCUACCCUAGAGCUCUGUGUCCGAGCUACAUGAGUUCCGUCGUGUCGUCGUUGCAACGACAACGCGUCGCUGAGGAUGCAUUAUCGGUACGCGGAACUCAAAUAGGUUUCCAACACCCUGUGUGCUGCUGACGAGUUUUCAGCUUUGUGGCUGCAGUGCCUAACUGUUCUUCGAAUAAUAUUUGGGGACUCCUUGACAGCGAUUUGCAAACUGCCCUCAGCCAGUGACGGCAUCCUCUCAGAACCAUAAUUAUCUGGCCCAUCUCUUGGGAAGAAGAAGGCGAAUAUGGUUCUAGUCCCCACCAGACGUGUAACUGUUUUGCUGCUGAGCCUGAGCAUUAUGCGCUGUGCUCAUGCACAAUUACCUGGUGGUGGACCACUUGAAGAAUACCAUGUAUCUGGUUCCAAUGUAACAGGUGUAAAAUGCAACACUACCGACCCGAAUACGAUAAGAUUUGUACACCUAGGUGCCGGCGGCAGUGGUACACCGCGACUGGUUCCUUUUUAUGAUGGUUCUGAUCCCUACCAAACGGAGUACCAGCGUUUGAUUUCUAAUUCAAGCAGCUUCUUCAUCUACCAGCUUCACAUUAUCAAUUAUGACGGAGUGCGAGCAGUCUACGCGUGUGGGUCAGUCACAUCACUUCAAGCUAAUCACUAUACCAUUAUACUUACUGAGCCAAUUCUGGGCAUGAACACUGUUGAUGGUGCUAACACUGGACUGGGUAAUCAGCCGGGCAUAUCACAUGUUUUCAAUGAAGGAUCACCCAUCCCACCAGUUGUCUGUUUUCCUAAUACUGGACAGCCAAGAAGGAACACGGUAACACUCAACAUUACUUAUGAUGAUGGUCGCACACGUACAUUCCGACCAGAUUCAUUUGCCAAUGGAGUAGUCUUCCCAAUUCGCAGUGCGCGGAAUUCAUCUGGGCUUUAUGUGUGCUACGCUGCGAAUGAAGCAAACACUGCCCCUAUUGUUUUGACAUUCAAUGUAACCGUAUAUUUCCGACCUGACUUCUCUAACACUGAGCGUGAACGUUCUGUUGUUGAGGGUACCAGGCUAUUCUUGACAGUCUAUGUGUCCAGCCGUCCCGACCUGACUGUGUUUGACUUCGUCAGUGCCAGUGGUGUCAGGUCCUCGUUGCUGUCCCAAUAUCAAGCUGCAACACCCACUAACAACCUAUGGACUGAGCGCAAGGUGACAGCUCUGGAUGUAGCAUCAGCGGAUUCAACUCAUAAUGGCGUGUACGUGUGUGAAGCAACCAAUCAAAUUUCCGGUGGUCCAGGUUCAAGCUCAGUCAAUAUCACUGUCCGCAUUAUCAGCCCUCCCGGUGCACCACGUAACAUCGUCCUUCUCUCCAACGCCUCCACCUUCAUUGAACUGUCCUAUGUGCAACCGGCUGAUGAUGGAAAUUCCAAUAUCAUCGGCUACAGAGUGAUGUGUAGCAGACUGUAUGCUGGAGAGACCUACACGUGCACAGUUGAAGCUAGAAAUGAAGCCGGCUUUGGACCAUCAGCCUCACGGAGUGAUAUACAUCUUCUACCGGGUGUUUCGACCGCACCAACUGGUUCGUCAGGGACAUUGGAACAUAGCACCGCUAACUCCUACCAAAGCAUUUCAACAGGAACCAAUGCAUCAUUGACCUCGUCAUCAGGUGAUUCACUGGCAUCUCCAGAAGAUGCCAAAGUGAGUGAUACUCCAGUAAUAGCGCUUUCUGUGACGUUGGGGCUGGCCAUUUGUGUCAUCAUUUUCAUGAUGAUCAUAGUCAUCAGAGCUACAAGACAUCAAUCUCAACAUAGGUCUGCAGCUGUGAGAAAAUAUGCGGUGGAUCCAUCUACUGCACAGCACCCACGCCUGAUACCGUCAGACGAGCUGGUGGCAAAUGAAGCGUACGGAAUCACUCCCGCUGUUCCUGAGCAACUCUAUGCUGAGGCAUCUGAGAACAGGAAUGCAACAAAUGCCCCAUUAGACAUAACUGGAGCUCAAUCAAGUCCAUUUAAAACAGGAGCGGCAAAAAAUCCAUCUUACGCCUAUUUGAACAUGGUCCCUCUUGGCGGAGCUGAAGGAAGCCUAGGAGAGCAUGAUGCGUCCACUGUUGCAAUGCGUCACACAUAUGAGGCUCUCCAUCAGAACAAUUCUAGCAGUGGUGUCACCUCCCAUGCAUAUGGCACUGUUGCAGAUUUGUUGUAAUAUGGUGAGAAGAGAGAGAGAGAGAGACAGAGAGAGAGAGAGAGAGAGAGAGAGAGAGAGAGAGAGAGAGAGAGAGAGAGAGAGAGAGAGAGAGAGAGAGAGAGAGAGAGAGAGAGAAAUCGAGACACACAUACACAAGUGGUGGAUAUGUAUGUGAGUGAGUGGAUGAGUAGGUACUCGUGUGUGUUUGUCCAUGCCGUCAUGCUACUGUGUUUGGUGUGUGGGUGUGGGUUUGUACUGAAGUAGGUGCGGUUGUGGAGUGUGAGUGUGAAUGUGUGUGGGUGUGGGUCUGCAUGUGGCUUUGUGGGUGUGAAUGUGUGUGGGUGUGGGUCUGCGUGUGAGUCUGCAUGUGAUUUUGUGGGUGUGGAGGUUGUGAUUGUGCUGCAGCUAGUUGGUUGGUGUAUGCACUUAUGCCAGAUCGUGGCUAGAUCUGUAGAGUUUAUCCAAUUACAUAUUCAGUUGAGAUGCUGUGGCAGAAAAAGUCGCGGCGCAUGCGCCUCUAGUUCAAGCGAAACCGCCGACUCAGGCUGUUCACUCAGUGCCCAUAAGCCGUUCCGCUGAUUUACAACCAUUGCGUGAUUACCUCUAAUGUGUAAUCAUUGAUUUAAAUGCCUGUUCUGUCACUGUAUCUUUUGUGCAGCAUCUAUCUUUUCAGAACUUACUUUGCACACUUUUUUUCUUCUUUUCCCAACUACAAUGAUAAUCGUACAUACCGGUACACAAACACGAGAUCCCCCCCUCCC